UAUUUAAAUCAACAGAAAUUUCUUUCAUUUCUACGCGAAACGAUAUACAUUCAGUUAUAAAUAUCGAAAGCAGCCAUACGAGAUAUUCUGCUUGAAGGGACGAAAUAAAAAUUAAUUCACGAGAUGUAAAAUGUUUAAUAGCAAUCAAAUGUAGGACGGAUACAACGUUACGUUCUAAAAGCAAAGUUUCGUCUUUUUCUUGAUAACUUUACUAUGUAAGAAUGAAAUUAUUUUUUAAAGCUCGGAAUUUUGAUGAAGUAGAACGCUCGUAUGCACUGUACGAUGCUCUUUUUCGUAAAACAUACAAUGUCAAUGUUUCCUCGAGUUUACGUCGCUCGAUGUUCGUGCGACGGGGCAAGAGGGAAGUGCACGUGACUUGGUUAAUACGAAAAUGAAAGUUGUUAGUGAUACGUAGUACGAUAGAAGCUAUAGUCUCUUCGAACGUUCGCCACGUCGUGAAUACGAUGACGCAAGCAAUUAUUUUUGUAGGACGUUGCACUCGUGGGCGACGCACAGAUUCCGUCUUAUUUUAAUUUCGUCCACCGUUCGAUCUCAAUUCAGUUCACGAUUACGCGAACGCUUAACAAGUAGUGUACGUGUAAACAGAGACGCGUGCGACGCGCUGUUGCUAUACCGUUGUUUUGUUCCAACUGGAAAUGCGAAUCAACCCUUUUAAAAGAAACUGGUUCGCGGCACGAUUAAAUCAGAGAAGUUGAGAUAGAGUGAGAAAUAAAUUGCAGACGAAAUCUCUUCAGAAAUAAUACACUCGAAUACGAAUUAGCCGUGUUAUGUGAAGAGGGUGCAUCUGCAACUUUUGCUUAAACCGAGACAUUGCUGCCAGCUCUUACCAUUUCGGCGUCUGAUAUCAAUGCCGUCCGGAAGCCUGAGUUAUCAUUCGAGCUUUUCCUUCUACCAUGCGAACCGUGGGAAUCCAAAAGGAUGAGAAAGCUAGAUGACGGCAGAUGGAACGACCGGGUGAUCCUGAACGUAGGCGGUGUACGGCACGAAACCUACAAGUCUACUUUGAAGAAAAUACCAGCUACUAGGUUGUCGCGUUUAACGGAAGCCCUGGUCAAUUACGAUCCUAUUUUGAACGAAUACUUUUACGAUCGUCAUCCGGGCGUCUUUGCCCAGGUGUUGAAUUACUAUCGUACCGGAAAGCUUCAUUACCCGACAGACGUUUGUGGUCCGCUUUUCGAGGAGGAACUCGACUUCUGGGGACUGGACUCUAAUCAGGUGGAACCGUGUUGUUGGAGCACCUACAGCGUACACAGGGACACCCAAGCAACGCUGGCAAUUCUCGACAAGCUGGACAUAGAGGGCGAGAAAUUAAGCGACGAGGAGAUCGCGCGACUUUUCGGUUACGAGGAGGAAUACAACAGAGGGACCUUGACAAAAUGGCAAAAACUACGGCCAAGGAUCUGGGCUCUGUUCGACGAGCCGUACUCCUCAACCGCGGCCAAGUGCAUAGCCUGUAUGUCGAUACUUUUCAUCUGCCUCUCGGUUCUAUGCUUCUGCCUCAAGAGUCACACGAUGACGAAACAAUCGAGAAACAAUCAACGGAACGGUGAAUCGUUACAUUUCGAAUCCAGCGGAUACGCGGAUCACGUCGAUUCUUAUCCGGUGCUAUUUUACCUUGAACAUACGUGCAACGCUUGGUUUACUUUGGAGAUUACUCUUCGCUGCUUGGUAAGCCCAAGCUUGAAGAGAUUCGCCGUGUCACCAGUGAACGCGAUAGACUUAACCGCUACGUUGAGCUUUUACACGGAGUUCCUUACCAAGUCCAGCCUGUAUCUUGAAAUUCUGUCGAUAGCUCGAGUCCUGCGGCUCUUCAAGCUGACGAGACACUCCCCAGGACUUAGGAUUCUGAUCCAUACGUUCAAGGCGUCAGCCAAGGAAUUGGCGUUGCUGGUUUUCUUCCUCGUUCUAGGCAUCGUCGUCUUCGCCAGUCUCAUCUUCUACGCAGAACGUCUUCAAGAAAACCCGCAUAACGACUUCGACAGCAUACCGCACGGUCUCUGGUGGGCCUUGGUGACCAUGACGACAGUUGGUUACGGCGAUAUGACACCAAAAACCUUUCCCGGAAUGUUCAUCGGGGGAUUGUGCGCUAUUGCGGGCGUUCUAGCUAUCGCUCUUCCAGUUCCUGUUAUCGUCAGCAACUUCUCCAUGUUUUAUUCCCAUACGCAGGCUCGAAGCAAGUUACCGAAACAAAGGCGAAGAGUGCUACCAGUGGGAGUGCCAAGACGAUCGAGAUGUUUGAGUUACCAAGAUGCCAACGAUAUUCAAUCUCAACUUAUUUCCAAUACCUCGUCCAGGUCACUGAGACGGAGACCAGCAACCAUAGGGUUGGAAAAUGUUUUCAAUCUGCAGCCUAAUAUCGUGAUAAAUUUGCCGCAAGAAUCCACCGUCACGGGAACCAUAAAUUCUGACAGAGUGGAUUCUCCUCACCUUGCCACCACCAAUCCCGUGAAAAAUGGCACAGCAGUUGAUGGGGCUACGUAUGAUACGUAUCAAAGGGAGGAGGGCAAAAAGGCAAGUUGGUUUACAGGAACCUCCAAAGAUAUACCUCAUACUUACAUCAUUGUGCCAGAGACGUUGGAAACGAUGUAAAAGUUAAUGCGCAUAAAUAAAUUCGAUUUAAUUA